AUGGAUCCAAAUAGUACCUCCUCUGAUGGAGGACACAAGGCAAAAUCAAUUACGAAUUAUAAUGCCGUUGCUCGCCAUUACACAGGGCUAAACAGAUAUAUCAUCAUUCUUCUCUACUGCAUUCCAAUAUCAGUUGCGUCGAGUAUUUAUUUUAAUUGGUCCUCUGUAUCACGUUUGUUGAUCAGGGCUGGAAUUUACGAAUGGCACUGCUCAAGUGCCGAUAUAGCUGAAAAAUCAGCACACAAAAUAAAAUGUGAAGUUCAAAGGUUAAAAAUAUCGCACUUGUUGGUGUUGACAAGAAGUUGCGAUAUGGCUGUAUCUGUCUUAACAGGGUCCCUAGUGGAUAAAUUUAGUCAAAGGUAUGUUAUGUUAGCUGGGAAUAUCUUCUUGAUUCUGGGUUGGCUUGCGCUGGCUUUCAACGGUCAAGAUGAUCGCUUGGUCUUAUUUGCGUUCUGCUGCAUUGGUUUAUGUGCGUCAUGUGUAUUCAUGUCUGCACUCAACGUUAUUAGCCUUUUUUCUGAUAGCAGUGGGUUGGCUAUUUGCUUCGUUGUUAGUGUGGCAGAUGAUAUUUCUACCAACAUUCCUCUCAUAUUGAAUGGCAUGUUUACCCUGUUUGGGCCAGACGGAUUCGAGAGAGUCUGCAUAUUCUACAUCUUUUUUUCUGUGGUACCAACCAUGAUUAUUGGAUUGACAGCCAUGCCCGUCAAGUCAUGGACGACAUGCAUCAAAGAAUAUGAACGUACAAUCAAACCUGCGCUUGAGAUGAAUGAUUCUACUCUUUCUAUUUCUGAAGAAACUAACAAUGCACCAGAAGAUAUGAAAGAGUACACAGCAGAAAGUCCUAAGCGUAAGAAUCUCAAGGCUAGCAUACAAGACUUAUCGCAAUCUGCAAUUCUUUAUUUGGCUACACCACGUUUUGUAAUUAUACUCAUUUGCUUUAUCAUUACAAACUUUUCAAACAUAUUUAUGUCCAACCUCUUUUUGAAGUAUUAUGACGAUGAUGAAGAUGUUGAAUUUAUGUCAGAGAUUUUGUUGUCUGCACAAUUUAUACCAGGACUUAUACUAGGGCAUUUAUUUGAUCGAUUUUCAGCAUCGAAAGUGAAUUACAGUCUCAAUGUCCUCUCUAUUCUGGCAUUUGUGCUACUGUAUGUGCACAACACGACAACCGGAUACAUGUUCUGCUUUCUCCAAGCGAUACUCAUCUGUGUGGACUUUUCCACACUCAUGGUGUACAUUAAUCUCUUAUUCCCUGCGGAACACAUGACCACAAUAACAGGAUUCACGCUGUUUUUUGAUGGAUUUGUCUCUCUUAUGCUAUCAUAUGCUGACGAUGCUAUGCUUGAAGCAACUACUGAUAUACCCAUCUUUAUAAGUUUUGGUCUUUUAUUGGUCAGGCUACUCCUGUUUAUCUACCUCCAUCACAUGAUAAAUGAGGAGGAGCUUACUGGUCGUUGCGUUUCCGACCAAGGCAACUGUGAGGUGGCUCUAGCUUGA